CAACCUCGAAUCUCGAAUAUAAAUCACAACCCACGACGCCUGCGAGGAUGGCAGACGUUGACGAAGAUGCAGCACUGGCUGUAGGAUACAAUCAAUCAGUUGAAGACCACGAUCCUGACGAUGAAACCCAAGAUUUCCGCUUCCUCGCGUUCUUGAACGCAAAAUCUGGCCAGCUUCCAAAACGAGGAGAAAAGGACUUUGAACCCCAUGGCACAAAACACCAAGAUAGCAUAUUAGAAGCUAGCAGGCAAGCUAUGCACGAUGCGCUGGCUCAUACGAGAAUACACACAGACAAGAAUUACAAUCGCGGGUUCUACUAUGGGGAGGAGGGGUUGAGUAGAGAUGAAGCUGUUCCGAAGGACUGGACGCAAGACUUGGAUGAUGACCAUUGUGUCGUGUUGGAAUCGGCAAAAGGACCUCUGUUCAAGGGAAUGGGGAAGUGGACAAAAGGAAAGGCUCGCCCGAGUUUGUGGCUAUUACCAGAAGAAGCCCUCUUUCUUGUAGAGCGAGGCAAUCUGGAUCUAUGGUGGCCCGGACGAUCAUCUUUCAGAGGUGUCCGCGAAGGCCAAUUGGAAAUUGAAGAUGACACUAGCCGGAUUUUGGAGGAGGAAGAGCGAGAUGAAGGUGUGCCCAUGAGUUUGCAAGCAGCAUUUUCAAUAUUCAUCGGACAUGAUAGCGAAAGAGGUAAGAUCAGUCUGGAGCGAUAUACAGUUUACGCACAUCUCAAGCGGAUGGGCUAUAUUGUGUUGAGAGCUCCGGAAUGGGAUCCCAGCAAGCAAGGCGAGCCACCAACAUACGAAAAUAUCCCUUGGCAAGACUCUACGAAUAUCUUCAAUCGGCUCUUUGGAAAGUUUUUCGCUGAGAAGGAGCUUGAGCAUACUCCAAAUGGUCCGCUGGUGAAGCCAGGAAUGUACCGAUCAUACAAUUCAAUUUACAAACAAAUCGCCAUUAUCUCAAGACACAAGCCAUCUCCAAUACCAACAAAUCCUGCACCUCCACCAGAAGAUCCGUAUCGGGUAGUGUUUUUAUUGUGGAAGCCCAGCAGAAUCCCCACAUUUGCCAAAAGUAACCCUGGCAUCCCAGACUUCCGGGUUGCCGUUGUGGAUGCGCGAUCAACUUCUGUACCAUCGCUAACGUCCGUUGUCUCUUUACUGGAAAGCACACCGUGGGACCCUCCAGAUCCGACACUACCGGGUUUCAAAGGCCCUGGAAAGCUCUAUCAAAGAUUGAAGCAUGGGUGGCGCAAUGUAGUCUUGGCGGUCAUUGACCAAGGCGUUAUUAGCUAUUUACGACUAGGUGAGGUUGCUUUUGGAGAGGAGAAACUUUAUGAGCGAUUCGAUGCAGGAACUAGUCCAUGGCGUGGGAAGAACUCGGGUGGUGGACGUGGCAGAGGCGGCGCGAGAGGCAGAGGGAGAGGCAGAGGCAGAGGCAGAGGUAAAGGGCGCAAUUAGGCAUGUGAAGUGAGGAGAGUUAACGUUAGAGUUGGAUGGAGGUACCGAGAGUCAAAAGCGAAGACAAAAGCAUGAGAUUUUAUGCAACCAGUCAGAACAUAGCCAUGUGCAUGAAAAUAUAUGUGGGAGUUAUUGUACAGUAAGGUAUUAUGUCGGGGUUGGAACUUUAGAUUAAUGAAGCGGUCUUUGCCUCAUGUAGCAUUUCAAGGCUUGGGGCCGAGCUCUUGAGGUGUAUGUAUCGUAUCGGCUAGCUGCAGGUUGACAAACAAAAGGCUCACUGGGCCGUUGUAAAGCAUAAUAGCCUGUGCGCAGGGUAGAACAAGGCAGAGCAAAGCAGAGUCUGAUUUG